UGUAAGCCAGCCGCUGUUAUUAUGAACAGAAAAGUUGAGUUUUUAUUAUGUGUUUACAAAUUUCGACUUCAAUUUAAUCUAAAACGUCUGAAGAAUAAUGAUAUUAAAAUGGAUAAUUUGAAAAGACCCAUGUUUGGUGGCAGGUUUUUAGAAGACUCCAGUUCUGUUUUCCAGCACAACGCUUGGGACAAUGUUGAGUGGGAUGCUGAGCAGGAAGAAGCAGCUCGGAAGAAAGUUGAAAAACAGGCUGAAAAGAAAAUAUCAGAUGAAACUAAAAUAUUGUUGACGCAAGAAACUGAUAAGCAGUGGGACAAGUUUUAUGACAUACAUCAGAAUAGGUUUUUCAAAGACCGCCACUGGUUGUUCACCGAGUUUCCAGAGCUUGCAGGGGACCAACAAAAAUCUGAAACACCCGUUCGUGUAUUUCCUUCCAUAGAAGAUAAAAAAUCCCCAGAGGAGUUAAAAAGUAGGGACAAAAGUGAAGACAUGGUAACUGUGGUGGAUGUCGAGACAUCAUCGUGUAAUAGUCAGCCUGCCAGUAAUGUUUUGACUAGCAGUGACGUGCAUGGUGAAGAUAAAUUGACAAGUUGUGAGAAAAAUGAAAGGAGGAACUACCUCGAGAUAGGUUGUGGUGUUGGUAACACAGUGUUUCCUAUAUUGGAAUAUAACAUAGAUCCUAACCUUUUUGUCUAUUGUUGUGAUUUCUCCAAAAAUGCAGUGGAUAUUUUGAAGUCGCAUACCAAUUACAAUCCUAGCAGGUGUGAGGCGUUUGUCUGUGAUGUAACGGCUGAAGAGUGGAACACCCCAUUCUCUCCUGGCAGCAUUGACAUAUGCACACUCAUCUUCGUACUCUCCGCCAUUCAACCCCAUAGGAUGCAGCAUGUAGUGGAGCAGUUAUACCACUACUUGAGGCCUGGAGGCCGGGUGUUGUUCCGAGACUAUGGCCGAUACGACAUGGCCCAACUCCGGUUCAAAGAGGGACAAAUGAUGGAAGACAACUUCUAUGCUCGUAAGGAUGGCACAUUUGUCUACUUUUUUACACAAGAGGAAGUGCGGGAGAUGUUCCGCAAGGCAGGAUUUGAGGAGGAGCACAGCCACGUAGACAGACGACUCCAAGUCAACCGUUCUCGCCAGCUCAAGAUGUACCGGAUCUGGGUACAGGCCAAAUUCCGCAAGCCUCUAUCUCCAAGAUGACAAUAAAUUGUUGGAAGGAAAAA